AUGGUGUCCAGCCACCUGCGUGCCAUGGGCAACGGUUCGAUCAAAACCCCGCGACUAGAGGAGAGCUGCCUGGCCUCCGGCCUGAGGGAGCCCCAGACGGGGGCCUGGGAGGGGGCAGAGCCCCUGAGGGCCCGCGUGGCCCGCCUGGAGGAGGAGCUCGGCCGGCGGGACCAGGAGCUCCGGGCCAGGGAGGAGCAGCUGCGGGCCCUGCAGAAGGAGCUGGCGGCCAAGGUGUCGCAGAUCGACAAGCUCCAGGACGCCAUCGGCUACAACGGCCUGGGCCGCUCGCCGCCCGCCCCGGGCCGCUCGCCGCCCGCCCCGCACCGGCCCUGCCGCCGCCCGCCGAGUGCGAUCGACCAGGGCCCCAGCCGCUUCCACCGCGUGGCCGCGGAGGUGCACCGCCGCCUCAGGGCCAAGGAGGGCGUGUCGGCCGAGCCCACCUCCGCCCGCUACUGCGGCGGGCUCAAGGCCCAGCACCUGUCCUUCGAGCGCGCCCGCGUCCGCAAGGACUCCAGCACCAAAAAGCUGAUCAACGACGCCAUCAUGAACAACGACUUCCUGAAGAAGCUGGAGCCCCAGCACAUGCGGGAGAUGGUGGACUGCAUGUAUGAGAAGACCUACACUGAGGACCAGGUGGUCAUCCUGGAAGGAGAGGCCGGGAACCACCUCUACGUGCUGGCAGAUGGCUUGCUGGAAGUCAUACAGAAUGGCAAGCUACUUGGGCAGAUGCGCCCAGGGACAGCAUUUGGGGAAUUGGCCAUAUUGUACAACUGCAAGAGGACUGCCUCAGUUAAAGCCGUUUACCAAUCCCACAUCUGGGCCUUGGACAGACAGAUGUUUCAAAGUAUCAUGAUGAGAUCCACACAGGCCCGACAUGAAGAAUACUUCAGUUUCCUGCGCAGUGUAUCUUUACUCAAAGACUUGCCAGAGGAGAAGCUUGCAAAGAUUGUGGACUGUCUAGAAGUGGACUACUUUGAUGAAGGGGAAUACAUCAUACGAGAGGGAGAAGAAGGGAACACAUUCUUCAUUAUAGCCAAAGGACAGGUGUCUGUUACCCAAACGACAGAGGGGAACCUGGAACCCCAGGAGAUAAAGACCCUGGGUGUAGGGGACUACUUUGGGGAGAAAGCUCUCAUCAGCGAGGAUGUCCGCUCGGCAAACAUCAUCUCCAAGGAGAACGACACACAGUGCCUGGUGGUGGACAGAGACAACUUCAACCAGAUGGUGGGGACCUACGAGGAGCUGCAGGCCUACCUGAAGGAGUACGUGGAGCAGCUCUCCCGGAGCGACGAGCAGAGGAACGCCAUGCCCCAGUCCCCGCAUGCGGACAGCUCCCCUGAGGGCAGGGAGCUGCAGAAGCUGAGGGAGAAGGUGUGCCUCCUGCCAGCCGGAUCCCCGUUCCAGAGGCUGCAGGUGGUAGCCACGCUGGGCAUGGGUGGCUUCGGCCGUGUGGAGCUGGUGAAACUGAAGGACGAAGACACAACGUUCGCCUUGAAAUGCAUCAAAAAGAAGCACAUUGUGGAGACCAGACAGCAGGAGCACAUCUACUCCGAGAAGAACAUUCUGCAGCAGACCAACUCACACUUCAUCAUCAGGUUGUUCCGGACGUUCCGAGAUGCCAAGUGCGUGUACAUGCUGCUGGAGGUCUGCCUGGGCGGGGAGCUCUGGAGCACGCUGAGGGACAUGAGCUUCUUUGAGGAGUCGGUGGCGAGGUUCUGCAUUGGCUGUGUACUGGAGGCCUUUGACUACCUGCAUGGACGGGGGGUGGUGUACCGGGACCUCAAGCCAGAGAACUUGCUAUUGGACAGUCAGGGCUACGUCAAAAUGGCAGACUUUGGCUUUGCCAAGAAGAUCGGCCUGGGGAAGAAGACGUGGACCUUCUGCGGCACGCCCGAGUACGUGGCCCCCGAGGUGAUCAUGAACAAGGGCCACGACUUCGGGGCAGACUGCUGGUCCCUGGGGAUCCUCAUCUUCGAGUUGCUCACCGGCAGCCCCCCCUUCUCCGGCUCAGACCCCAUUAAGAUCUACACCACCGUUCUGCAGGGGAUCGAGAAAGUGGACUUUCCCAAGCGUGUCAGCAAGCGCUCAGAGGACCUCAUUAGAAGACUGUGCAAGCUCAACCCAGCAGAGAGGAUGGGGAACAAGAAGAACGGGAUCAUCGACAUCAAGAAGCACAAGUGGUUCCAGGGAUUCAACUGGGAUGGACUGAGAUGCCAGAAGCUGAUAUCCCCUCUAAAGAGAGAUCUGAAGGGCCCGCUGGACCACAGCCAUUUUGACAUCUUUCCCCCGGAGGUGGAGGAGCCCCCGGAUGAACUGUCUGGCUGGGAUAAGGACUUCUGAGAGCUGGGCCAGCACAGGGGGCCCGAUCCAGAGAAGGAGCCUUCAUCUUCCGAUCCAGCACCUCUUCCCGUCAUCGUCUGACUGGACGGGGACCGGCGCGGAGGGCCUGUCUGUCUGGGAGGACCAAUGGCGGACCAUUCAUAAAGCAGACGCUGGCUUCUUAGUCUGAGCAGAAGAGAGAACCACUCCCGGCAUCGGAGACUCUUGGGUUUGAGUACGGUUUUGUAUCCAAAUGCCUAGCCUCAGGACAGGCCGUAUGGGAUGAGUUCUGGCACGGGUACCGCAUUAAACGGACCGGAUCACACUCAUCGCCAGCAUCGGAAAAUUUCUGUGGCGGCACUCUUUCUCCUUUAUUUGGGUCCUGGCGCCGUGACUCUCUGAAGUGAAAUGCGUCUAAAGUUGCUGCAAGAUCAAAAAUGAGUUCUUCCUCAUAAGCAGUAGGCUUCUUUCACAUAUGGGUGCAUAUUUCUAUGUGUACAGAAGUUUUUCGUAGCUUGAUAUGGAUGGCCCAGAAACCACCACUGGCAUUUAUACGUGUUCAUAUUCUAAUAUUAUAUCAUUGCAAUGGCUUUA